UAUGUCAAAUGAGAGUGAUUAUCUACUAGCAGGAAACAGUAAUACGGGUGCAGACCGUGCAGUGUCCAACGAUGACCGCAUUCGUCGUGUGAUGUCUCUCCUUGUUUGUGCAGUCUAUGGAUUCGCUGGUGGAGUCCAAUACGUGACUAGCUAUCUCAUCCACCCAAUACAAACUGCCUGCUCUCCUCCCUGGUCGUCUUCUGCGACAGUCUACGGCAGCUCGGCACUGGCAGUCGGUUGGAUAGCCAGUGGCUUCUUUGCAUCCUGUCUGACCGGAUUUGUAGGAAUUCGAUGGAUCAUGACUGCAGUCAUCAUGCUGGCUGCUGCUCAAGGAAUUGCUGGAGUCUCAGUCAUUUUUUGUAAAGAGAUGAAUGUAAUUGGAGAAAUUCUUUACAUUUCUAUGUUUCCAUUAAUGGCUUUUGGAAUAAGUACAAUUUUCAUGAUUAUGGUUGAGCUGGCAAUACGUCGGCUACCUGAUAAACCAGGAUUUGCUGGAGCCAUCUUUUGCGUUAGCUCUGGAUUUGGGAGCCUUGCUAGCAGCCAGAUUGUAAUCGGUUUGCGCACUCUGUUUGCUAGCGUUCACAUCAAUGAAGGAACGAUAUUUUUAUGCUUGGGUCUGUUUACUGUGAUUUUGUUGUCGCCGUGGCUACCGGUCAUCUCGACUUCUUUCGUGCCGAGAGACAAGACCAAGACAUCCAUUACUAAGGAAACGAAUGUUUAUGAGGAACAAAAGAAGUCGAUGAACGUCAUGAUGCUGGGCUACUACGUGCUUUUUUGUGUGGUCAUUCUGUGUGCAUAUAUUCCCGUAAUGGGAGUAAUUGUCUAUCAAGAGCCUCUUAUGUUAGCCAUCUGGACUACUAGUGAUCCACCCGUGAGCUUCCUCGCUGCCAUCUUGAUGGGAUCGUAUGUUACCGGUCGUGUAUUGUGCCUCAUACUAUCAGACAAAAUUGGUCUAAAAAACAUAAUGCUACUGGCAUUCUUUCUCUCAAGUAUUCUAUUUCUUGGACUUGCUCUCUCAAUCAUUCUGAAGACGAAGGGAGCACAGAGUAGAUAUCUGGGAAUGUUUUUCCUUGCAGCCUAUAUGCUGGUAAAUCCCAUCUACAAAGGUUCUGCAGGAGGGCUGUGCCACUAUUUGUAUGGCCCUGCAAGACGAUCAUUUACAUUGGGUUUGUACACAAUAAUGAGUGGAUUAGGAGGAAUAAUGGGUCCACUCAUUGUCAAUGGGACCUAUAGUGGGUUUGGAAACUAUAAACCGUUCUUGAUGGGAUCCUCUGUAGUGUCAAUAAUUGGCUUGGUUUCUUUAUGGUUCAUUAGGCCAGUGCAGACAGUUAAGGCAGUGAUGUCUUCUAACAGUGACAGUUAUUCUUGUGCAGAAUUAGAGACUCAAUCUGAUAGACUGUGAAGUGUAGUGAUUUAGUGAAUAUUAAAUAUUAAUUUCAUGUUUGUGAAUAGAAUGGUUGCUGAAG